CCUGAAAGUGUUCAUCACAAUAAAGAGAUCACAGUAAGACAAUCAACCAAGGUUGUUAUAUACAUAAGGCAAUCCACUAACCCGUCGUCAAGCUACCCAUUCAUCAUCGAAAUCAUUUUGAGGGGUCAAUACUGCUACUGACCCAAUCAUUGUCUGGCUGGCCCGUGAAUAUUAGGUCCCCCUUCCAUUGCAUUCAGUCAAGAUGCCCAAAAAAUUUAAAGGCGAGAAUUCCAAAGCCGUGGAAGCCAAACAGAAAAAGUCCCAACGAUUGCAAUCUCAACUGGAAGAGCAAGAACGAAGGAAGGAAGACGAACUCUGGAAAGAUGACGACAAAUAUUUGGCCAAGAAAAAGGAGCGACGAGAAGAGCAAGAACUAAAGCGAUUGGAACAACUGGAGAAGAAAUUGGAGCGUCAGAAGUUGGUCGAAGAAGAAGAGAGUCAGAUCAAGAGCGGCAAGAAGACGGCCAAACCACCGGCUAAAAAGAUGACCCGGGAUCAGAUUAACAAGAUGAUCCAAAACAGCCAAAGUCAGGCGGCGCAGACCCCGAAGACCAAGAAUGUGGUGGAACAGGACCUCAUGGUGGACAAUGUCAAUCGGUUGGCGGUCGAAGGUGAUAGCGCCACUGGGGUGGACGAAGCUCUGGUCGUCUUGGGGCAUACUGAUCCAGUGGAUAAGCAUCCGGAGAAGAGGGCCAAAGCGGCCUACGAAGAGUUCGAACAACUGCGGCUACCCGAAUUGAAAGCUGACAACCCGAGUUUGCGUCUCUCCCAACUCAAGCAAAUGCUAAGAAAGGAAUGGAUGAAACAUCCCGACAAUCCUUUUAACCAGACGAUCAAAGCUUAUAAUAACAAGUGAAACGGAUAAGGCGCGGAGAACCAUGCCUCGGGUCCAAAGGGACCGCCAAUCCGAUCAAGGGUGUUGAACUUGGAAUAAAGGCGAAGACAGGGACAUCAAUCUAGAUCAACAA